AGAAGCACUUUAUGUCUUGCAAAUAGCAAUGCAUUUAAAAGGAUAUAACCAAGAAGUUCAAGCCAAAUGCUUAGAGAAACAGAUGCAAUUUACUCGAGAGUUUCAGGCAAAAUAUACUACUUAA